AUGCUUCUCCUUUUUUUAGUGAUCUAUCAAAUACCGCAAAUUCUCAGCAUAUGCAUUCAAGAAUGUGAAGGCCUUGACAUCAUAAACUGUAUGAAUUGUCUUUUAGAAACUGAAAACCAUGGCAAUCAUAGUCUUUGCAAUUUAUGAAGCAGCACUGAAUGCUCAUUUGGCGAAAUUUCUUUAGUAAUUAAUAGCGAAAGGAUAAUUUUUAGUUCAGAACUACAUGAAAAAGACAAGGGGAUAGAUUUUAAGCACAAAGGCUCCUCAAAAGACAUGAAAACCUUAAUAAUUGCUGGCGAAGAAAAUACGGUUUCACAUUUAAACUGCAGCUUUAUGCUGAAUGAGGACUCUCUAUUUACUUUUGGAAUUUUAUUAAAAAUUUUCAAUGAGGAGAAACCCUUCUUAAUUUGGUUUAUUGGCAUUAUAAGCAGUUCUGAAAGCCGAUUUAAGGGAUUUUUAACUAUUGAGGAGCUAUGAAAUUUUGGAUUAGAUAUUCAUUGCUUUGAAAAACGUAACGUAAGAGAGGAAGACUGCGAAAACUUGAGCCAUAUAUGCCCUGUUUGAAUGAGGCCAAACGAGAACUAUCCUCUCCAAAGACGUUUAGACAGCUGCAGUACUGAAUGUUCAGCCUGUACUGGUCCAGGCUAUGAUGAGUGCAUUAGCUGCAAUACAGGCUAUUAUUUUUUAAACUAUUUAUGCUUACCUUCGUGCCCAUCAAACUAUGAAACUGACCUGCAGCUUAAUUACUGCAAUCUACUUUCACUUGAGGCCUACUCCCUUUUAUUCAAAAACCAAAUAUUGAUUGACUAUAUAAAUUAUGCAACUGUUGGCAGUCAGGCAAAUCCUUAUCCUCAAUGGGACUCUAAUGACCCAAUCCCUUCGAUAUAUAGAGGAUACUAUUUCACCUUAACGUCCCAGAUUACCCAUGACAAUUUAAUUAUUUCUCCGUUUUUUACUGUCAAUUUGUGGAUAAAUCCGUCAUCUUUAGCUGAAAUCGGCUCAAUUGCUUUGAAAUACGACCAAAGCAGCUCAACAAAUUAUUUCAACAUGUAUUUUGAUACAAGUUCAACCGUGUUUACUGUAAUGAGGCUUAAAGAUACCUCACAGUUAACAAUUUCUGGUGGUCAAGUAUCUUUAAAUAAAUGACAGAAUAUCGCGGUUUGCUAAGCAUGAAAUCACUCCCUUAAAAUCAUCUAUCCCCUAUAAAUUGGAACAAAAAAAUCCUAUUCCAAAUUAAAGGGGGUUAAUUUUUUUUAAAAAAAUUUUUAUUAAAAUUUAUCUCUAUAAAACACUUUAAAAAUCUUAAAAAAAUAUAAAUUACAAUUUUAAUUUAUUUUAUAAAGAAAUAAUUUUAAAAAAAAAUAGUAUAUUUUAUGUCAAAACUAUUUAAAUAGAAUUCUAUGGUAAUUUUUUUCCAAUAAAAUAGGUCAAAAUUAAUUAUAUAUAAAGAGUAUUUUCAUCUUAUAUUUUUAAAAGAAUUUUAUAAAUUUUUUAAGAUUCUUAUGAAGAAAUAAUUUAAAAAAUAAUUGAUUCAGUGUGGAAACUAUUUACAUAGCAUUUUAAAUUGCAUUUAUCGAUUAAAUUAAGUCAACUAAUUUUAUAAAAAUUAGUAUUUUUCACCUUUUUGUGUUUUAAAAAAAUAUAAAUUGAGUGCAAUGCUUCGAUUUCAAUUUAUUUUUAUGAAGGAUUAAAUAGAAAAAGUUAAUCAAUUCAGUGUGAAGACUGUUUAAUUAUAUUUUAUUUAUUAAAUUAGGUUAAAAAUAAUUUUAUAAAAUCAUUAAAAACAAAUUUGAAAAAAAAUAGAUGAAGCUCAAUACUUUGAAUUUUAACUUAUUUUUAUGAAGAAUGAAAUAAAAAAUUAAUCGAUUCAAAUUUUAAAACUAUUUAAACAGCAUUCUACUUGCGCAUUGCAUAGUAAAUUAAGCCAAAGUCAAUUUCAUAAAAAUUAUCAUUUUCAUCGGUAAAAUUUUUCCUAUUGUAAAACCAUUUUGCUCUAUUUUAAAGGGACAAAAUGGGAAAUUUUUUAGCGCUAUUUUGCCCAAAUUUAAAAGAAGGAGGAGGAGGAACAGUAGUUAAGUUAUUUAAUUCAGGCGUUAGCCUUAUUGGCGGCACAGCUACCAAAGAGCUUCCGUACGGGAGAUCUACUGCUUUUCGACUCCGGCCCAGAGGGUCUAUCGCCAGAAAACUGGUGCCACUUUGGUACCUUAUGUCUCCUCCUUGCUUUGCGGUUUCAGCCUUGAAUGGCGGUCUAUGGAUUUCUGAUACCCUGGUGCAGGCGAUUAGAGUAGCUUGAUUCCAAGGAUCAGCUCCUUGGAGUCUUUCGGAUGCCGAAGCGCCUUCCUUCGACAGCUACAGGAAAAAGAUAACUCCCUAUGGCCUGGACCCAAACCCCUAGUUUCUCGGUAGAGGAAUACUCAUGGGUGCUCAUAUCCAAUGGAUGUUUCCAAGCACCUCCAUUUCCAACCACAGGAAAGCGGCCAAAACUUACUCGGAUACACAUCUCUUGAGCCCUUCACUUGAUUCUCGACCCAGAGUCCGUCCAAGUUCGCCAUAGCCAUAAGGUUUGGACUGUUGCGCCAAGAGGGGAGGUUGCAUUUGUCGCCAUUUUUAUUUAUAUGGAGGAAGAGGAGGAUAAGCUUAAGAAAGUUUUCAUUUUAAAAUUUAUAUGUAUAUAAUAUAUGAGUAAACAUUCUAGAAACUGUGCUAUAAUAGGAAAUACUGCUUUAUCUCUUAUAUUUAUAUUAUCAAGCAUGGGUAGUUUGCUAGGUUGGGUUUCGUGCUUAACCAACGGUUACUGGGACAGUAAGGAAUCAAAAAACUCAAGUUGCUUCAUAUAUGAAUGGAUCUCUUAUCGCAUGGAAAAUUUCAGACAAUGCAUCUCCCUAUAUUGAUUCUGGGAAAUUGAUAAUUGGAUAUUCCACUUCAGUAAAAAGCUUCGUUGGCUUUCUCUGAGCUAUUAAAUUUUUUAGUGACAGUUCUCGCCAAUAUGCUGAAUGGAAGACCUCAGGAUGUGUUGGCGGAUGUUCAACUUGUCCAUCAGAGUUAGUUUGCCCAGACACGUGUUCAUUUGGAUCCUAUCUUAAUUCAACUGUUUGCGACCCAUGCUUAGAUAUCUGCGAUCAAGGAUGCCGCUCUAGCAAUACCUGCAAACUUUGCCUUUAUAAGGAAUGCUCCACGUGCAGCACAUUUGAUGAAGAGUGUAUCAAUUGUGUGGAAAAUGCAAGCUUGGUUAACGGGAUUUGCACAUGCAAAAUCAAUGCAAUUUGGAUAGAUGAAGCUUGCAACUUGUGCGAUGUCAAUUGUAAAACUUGCAGAGGAACUUAUUAUUUUUACUGCACUAGCUGCAAUGACGGUCUAUAUCUUGUGGAUGGUAUAUGCUUAAAUUAUUGCCCUUUUUUAACUAACCCCUGCUCAAGCUCAGUAUCUCCAAAAUUUAACAUAACAUUUGAUGGCAGCUUUAAAGGAAAUUAUGAUAAUUUCUUGACUUCAGUUUCAGGCGCCACUUAUCAAUUUUUUAAUAGUCCAGACUUAGGUGACCCAAUCCCUGCUUACAGUAGGGGUCUUUAUUUCGAUAAUGGGAAAUAUUUAAUGACAAGCCAAAAUGUUUAUAUUAAUUUUGGGUUUUCGCUUGGGCUAUGGGUUUAUGCACUACACGAAGGGACGAUUUUGAGCAAGCAAGGACAGAUAUCGCUAAACUCAAAUGCAGGAUUUUCUGUUUAUUUGACAGAUCCUUUAGCGACUAAUAGUUUUACAAAGCAAGUGGGCAGCCAGACUUUUUCAGGAUGGACUUAUCUGUUUGUAUCUGUUGGGUAUUCAAAUGGCUACACACAAAUUUAUGGAUAUAUAAAUGACCAACUCAAAGCAGCAGAAUCUGCGAAAUAUUAUUUAUUUAGAGACAGCGGAGAUUCUCCUUUAUACUUAGGAGGGAGCCCAACUGGCACUUUUAUAGGAUUUAUAUACUCCUUCACUUUCUGAAAUGCUGUGAUAACUGAUUUGACUAGUGAACUUUCAAGACCUUGUGGAUCAGCUCUGUCAAUUUCAUGCCUGCAAACUUGCGAUAUAAAUCAAUAUUAUAGCCAAAAUGAUAGCUCUUGCUUAUACUGCAAUAACUGCUAUACUGGAUGCGUCAGAAAAUAUUCAUGCAAUAUUUGUUACGAUCCUUUGUGCUCUGCUUGCAGUGGAUUUUGGUCCGGAAUGUGCGCUGCUUGUGUAGACAAUGCUUCUGGAAACCCAUGCGCUUGCAAUGCAAAUUAUAUAUCUCCAGAUGGCUUUUCAUGCACUCUCAAAUGUUUUACUGGGUGUUCUAGCUGCUUGUCAACUUCGUAUACAAGCUGCACAUCUUGCGCACAGAACUAUUUCUUAUAUCAAAUGAUUUGCUACACAACUUGUCCACAAGGAACCAUUUCAAAUUCAGUGACAAAAACUUGUGAUAAAGAUUUCCCAAUGUCUAUAAGCCUUGAUUUCUAUGCAUUAGCAAGCCUACCUUCUAGCUAUUCAUCCGCCUCAGGUAAAACCCCUUACUUUAUAAGUGACCGAGGCUGGCGCUUCUUUCCUCAAAGCUAUAUUUCAACCAGUGUCCAACUCAGCAGCUAUAUAACUAUAUCAAUGUGGAUUUGUUUUACAGCAUACACUAGUAUAGAUACUAUAUUCUAUAUGAGUAGGGAUUGGGGAAUAAGCUAUAACGGUAGCAAUAAGCAGCUUGUUUUCAACACAGGACCUAUUGUAUGAUCUCAAGCACAAAGUUUGUCAGCAUUAGAUAUAAACACAUGGCACUUUUUGUUCAUUUCAACCAUUCAUAACAGUGAUGGCACUAUUAACUCCCUGCUUCCAUAAGCGAAUAAAAAAUUUUUCGCUCAUGAAAGAGAUAUUUUUUAAUUUAAAACAAUUUAUACAUAAAAUGUUUAUAGUAAAAUUUUUUCUUCAAAAUUGAAAAAAUACUAAUAUGUAAAAUUGAGAAGUAAAAAUAAUUUAAUUGCAAAAUUUAUAUUUUAAAAUUCAAGCUGCUUAAAAGAAAACCGAAUUAGCUAGAGAUUUCAUUAUAAUAAUUAUUAUUUAUAUAUCAAAGUAUUUCUUUAAUAAAAAUUUAUAUAUUAAGAAAAUGUUUUUGCUCACGGGAGUGGAUUUUUGGGCAAAAAUAGGGAUUUUUCCAAUGGUUUUGUCUCACGAGAGGGAGAGUAAGCAACUAAUUACAUUGGAUUCUACUUCGUUAACUCAUGAUAGCCUAACUCCUGCAAGUGAUUUUAUUUUUCAAGACAAAGGAGGUAGCAAAUAUAUUGGCACUCAAUUCGAUUGGAAUAAUCGAGGAUAUACAAGUUUUACUGGGUACAUGUAUUGGCUUCAUGUUUAUAACGAUGGCCUAUAUGAUAUUCCAAGCAAUGAGAUUCCAAGUUCAAGUUGCCCUAGCUGCUCAGUAUGCCCUUCAUCGUCAUUCUGCUUGCCUACUAACUGCGCCUAUAAUGAAUACUAUGAUUCAGAAUGCCAUUCAUGCAACAGCGCAUGCAUAAAUGGCUGUAAUAAUGGAAAUGACUGCACUUUAUGCUCUAUGACUGGAUGCAAUAGUUGUACUGGGACAAAUACUUGUGGAUCAUGCAAAGGGGAUUUCGUAUUUAUUGAUAACAAUUGCCAAUGUCCUUAUACCUAUGCAGUUAAGGAUCCAGAUUUGUUCACAUGCAACUGUACGUCUUCGCUAACUUUUAAUUCUGUGUGUGUAAGUUCCUGCCCAACAGGAACCUCUGAUAAUUUAUCUGGAGCCUGCAUAUUGUAUGCCAGUCAAGGACUUGUAUUUUCAUUGGCUCUAACUCAAAUAAAAGGAAUAGUCCAUGAUUCUUCUAGUAGUGGAAUUGAUGUUUUGGCUGGAAUUUCCAGCGAUUUCUAUCCUAGUUAUGAUGCAUAUGAUCCUAUUCCAGCUUCUAAGAGAGGAUAUUAUUUUAAUGGAAAUUCUUUUAUGCAGUUGCCUCCAAAUAUAGAUAAUAGCUCCAAAUCUCUGACUAUCGCCGCAGAUUUUUCAUACUCAAUGUGACUUUGGUCUCAAAAUGAAAAUGGAGUCAUUUAGCUAACCCUUAAGAGAGUAAAACUAUUAGCCUUUCACGAAUGGUCAAUAUUUUUAUUGAAAAUUGGAAUAUCACUAGCUUGGAAUUAUUUUGCCUUUUUUAUAAAAAUUUUCUUGCUCAUAAAGGAGAAUUUUUCUUGAAAUUAGCUAAGCAGAGUUCUGAUGGCCCUUAUACGACAUAUCUAUCAAUCAAGAUAGUAGGACUUAAAAUUAUAUUCUUACUCACUUCUUUAUGAUCGAUCAAAACCUUUGGAAAGGUCCCUAUUCUUUGGAAAAAAUAACUUCGAGUUAUAAAUUUUUAUAUAAAUAUUCCUUGCAUAUGGCUGUUUUUUAUGUAAUUAAUGAAUUCAAUGGCUAAACAUCAAAUAAUACUAUUAAAUUUUAAAUAAAUUUUUCUUUCAAAAAUAUGGAAUUGCGAUUUUAAUCCUAAGUCGCCUCCUUUGAACUGGAAAAAAAUUGUUCAUAUUUAAAUUUAAUUUUUUCUUUUUAAAAGCUUAUAGUCGAAAAGCACAAUUUUUUUUAAAAGCUAGAAAAAAAUACAAUAUAUGAAUUUUAGUGAAGAAUUAAUUUGAAAAAUCAAUCAAUUCGAUGUGAAAGCUAUUUUAAUAAUAUUCUGCUUGCACUUUUUUCAUUAAAUUUGGUCAAAAACUAAUUUUUAUAAAAUUCUCAUUUCCAGAUAUCAAUUUUUUUUAAAUUAAAACAAAUUUAAAGGUAGCUAUAGUAGCAAAAUAGCGAUAUUUUUUCCAAUUAAUGAUUGGAGUAAAUAUAAUUUUAAUUUUAAUUUUUAAAAAAGGGUGAUUAGCCAUUCUUAGCUUUUAUGAUUCUAUGUUAAGCUCUUCAGUAUCAUUUACUUCCAGAAAUUCUAUCAAUGCUGAUAGUUGAUGCUAUAUAGGGUUUUCACUUAGCUAUAAAUUUCCAUACAGUCAGGUGACUUAUUAUAUCAAUAGCAGCUUUGACACCCCUAAGAUCAUAAAGCACCCAUUCCAAGACUUAGAUUCUAACUACAGCAUAUUAAUUGCAGCAAUGCACACAGGCUCUUCUGCCUACUCAAGCUUUUAUACAGGCUUUGUCUACAGUAUAAAAAUAUGAAAUACUAUCGUAAACCCAACUCUAUAUGAUAUUUCUUACUCAUGUGGCUCCAGCUGCUCUUUUUGCCCUUUAUCUUCUUCAUCUUGCUUGCCAAGUCAGCCUAUCUCAAAUUAUUACGAUUCUUCAUCAUCAACUUGAAAUUUGUGCUGAUCUUCGUGCCAGUCUACUGGCUGUGUAAGAAAUGACGUUUUCUGCAACAUAUGCGAUGAUUUACUAUGCAAAGUCUGUGAGGACUGAACUGGGUGUGUGACUUGCAUUUCCAAAACCAAGCCAAACCACUUUCCUUGCGAAUGUUUAUCUGGUUAUAUUUAUGAUCCUAUAGCAAAUGAGUGUGCUUGCUUUCCAUUUUGCGAAAUCUGCUCGUCCUCUCAUAAUGGAGACUGCUCAAGCUGCAAAUCGGGAUAUUAUUUAAAUCCAGAAAAUCUUUGCCUUUACCUAUGUCCUAUGGGAUAUGCAAAGCAGUCCGAUGGCACUUGUCUGCAAACAGCUGCAAAUUCAAUGGUCCUUCAUUACUUGCUCAAUAAAUUAGCAAAUACGUUUGCAGAUAAUGUUUCUGGGUUAUUAGCUUAUAUGGGGUCAACUGAUAGUUAUUUAGGGCCUAAUGACCCACAGCCAGUUUAUCAAUCCGGCUUUUAUUUUUCUGGAAACUCAUAUCUUAAGCUACCUCCAAACUCUGCAGAUUCUAAAGAAGUGAUUUUGGGCAAUAACCACAGUCUGCUAUUCUGGGUCAGGCCUACGUCUUUAGCCAAUGAUUCAAUCAUUUUUUCAAAAGAAAACGCCUCUCAAGUGCACAGUGGUUUCAAGAUAUUAUCCACUGGAAAAUUGCAUGUAAACUACGAAGUUUAUGAUGACCUUUCGGGGACAGCUGAAAAUAUGAUUAGUGAGGCUGGCAAUAUUAAUUUAAAUGCAUGAUACAACAUUAUUAUCGUAUUUUCAUGGACUUCUCAUACUAAUCAGAUUUCUUUAUAUAUAAACGGAGUAGCACAAGCUAUUAAUAACCUGAUAGCCUACCAAAAUACGUUUUUUAUGGAUAUUCCGAGCGAUAGUUUUAUUGUAGGUGGCAGUAAUAUUGAAAACUACUUUUUCAAUGGCUUCAUUUUUGAGAUGGUUCUGUAUAACUAUGCAAUUAGCUCUAGUAUUGCUGCUGGACUAAUAAAAACCACUUGUUUAUGCCCUGCGUGUGGCGAUUUUGGGAAUGAAUGCUUGCGCAGCUGCUCUUAUUUGCAAUAUUAUAAUAACGCUACUUCCAGCUGCACUGACUGUGACUCUUCUUGCACAAAUGGUUGUGUGAGGAAUGGAGAUUGUAGCAUGAGUGUUGAUCUUUUAUGUGCGGCUGAAAUUGGGUUUCAACCUAGUGAAUGCACAAGUUGUGUUGCUGGAGCUACAGGAGCGGGGACGACGUGCGCCUGUUUGCAAAAUUAUGUUUACGAUUCUUCCUCAAAAACGUGUAAAUGUGACACAAAUUUAUAUCCUUGUGGAAGAUGCGAUAGCUUAUGCACAAGCUGUCUUAAUUAUAAUUAUUUCACGUGCAGCUCUUGCACAGGAAGUGGAGUCUAUCUAAAUCAAGUUUGCUUGAAUGAAUGCCCCUAUGGGCUUUUCAGUAAUUCUGAUUGUGCCAGUAAGACAUCUCCAGUGAUUGACUAAUGGUUCAUAAAUAAAAAAUGGCACUUGGCUCGAGAGAAAUUAGCUUUGAUAAUAUUCUCUCCCUCAUGGAAGUUUAUUUAUAGGGUUGGGUUUUCUUAUGAAAACUUCCGUAAAGCAUUAGAAGUUUAACUCUGGCGGAUAAGCCAGGCACUCUCCAAGUACAUCAAGAGGCUCGAAGUUUUACCUCUCAGCAUACUCGAGGAAGGUGACCCUUAGGCGGAACACGCGCAGUAGCUGAGUCAAGCAAGCGAGGCAACGCACCCUGCCAAAGCCGGAACGCUGCAUUUGUCCUUUGUCCUGGUAUAACAAAGUGAAUCGAUCCAGAGGUCCAUGGGUCCGACACGUGGAUAAAUAUGGUGGCAACUCUGGAAACGGCUAUCCCGUAGUAGAAGUUAAACGUAAUAAAUAAUAUAAGAUAAGAUAAGAUUGACCAAUGGUUCAACGGUGACUUCCAAGGAAGUUACGGGAUUUUUAGAACUGCGCAGUCAGAUUCUAAUUAUUAUUUUUUUAAUAGCCCAGAAACUUUAGACCCUGUUCCUGCAUAUAACAGAGGCCUCUAUUUUUCCAAUGGAAAAUUUUUAGAUAUAGCUUUUUUUCGCACAUUUGCUUAAAAACCCUGAGAAUUGAAUUGGAGGGCAAAGCCUAUUUCGAUGGGAUGCAUAUUUAAGCAAAAAAAAGAAAAAGAUACUCAGUUCCGAUAUUGACUCAGACUAUUAAAUUUAAAUCUCUCCAAAACUGAUAGAAUGUUUAAAUCAUUUAUGAAAUAAUUAAUUUUCUGCUUAUACUCAAUCCUUGCUUUUGUGAAAGUAUAUCAAACUAAAAUUGAAAUGUGAUUUAUGUAGUUGUCAACACGCUUAUUCAAGUAAAAAUAAAUAAAAGCAUCAAUCUUUAUAAAGAGAUUAGUUCUGAUAUAAUUAUUAAUUGGUAAUAUGUGAUUCGUCAAUACAGCAAUUGAUAACUCUUUAUGUCCAAUCAAAAAUCUCGAGCAUAAUCUUGACUUUUCUUAGAGCGAAUGAUUGCUCCUCAUGUGGAAGUAAUCCAAUAGGCGUAUCAUUAAAAUUCUUCAGCAGAAUCUUACUUAUCUUCGAUAUUUGAAAUUAAGAAGUAGUCAAUUGUGUAGAAGUAGUAUAUCGAAAAAAUAAAAAUUGCAAGAGGAUAUUUGCCGAUAAGGCGAUUGAUAGCUGUUCAUGCAGUAGUACUCCAAUAGGCAAACCAUUAAAAAUCUCUAGCGUAAUCUUGACUAUUUUAGCUUUUAGAAUAAAGAUGGAGUAUAUUGUGGAGAUUUUAUAUAUGGGAAAUGGAAAAAUAAAAAUUGAAAGAGGGGUCUCACCGAUAAGGCGAUUGAUAAUUCUUCAUGUAGCAGUACUUCAAUAGAUGUGGCAUUAAAAAUCUCCAGUAAAAUCUCAACUUAGCUCUGAUUUUUGAAACCAAAAUGAAAUAAUAAAUCUCCUAAAAUUAUUUUUCUUGUCAAUUUUCGCUUGAAGCAUGUCAAAAUAUUAAAAUGGAACCAACGCACCAAUUUCAAAUAAGCUAAAUCAAAUCAGAUUCUGUUUAGAUUUUGGAGGUUUAAUGAUUAUAAUCUUCACCUAAAACACUCUAACGAAAGCAGGCAUUGAGCUUGAAUAAAGAACUUAGAAGCUUUAUAAGAAAAAUGCUGCUACUCACCCCUCCCUCCUUGAGCUAACAAAAAAUUUUUCGUUCUCGAAGGGUUUUUUUUUUUUUAAAAAAGCAUUAUAUUUAAAUUUUAUAGGGAUUUUUUCCAAAAAUUAAAAAAUUAAACAGAAUAUGCUAUCAUAAUGAUCAAAAUUUUUUUAAAAAAGUAAUUUUAUAUUAAAAAUAUUUUUAAUUUAUUGAGCUCUACUAAUUAGAAAAAUUAAAAAAAAUUUACUGCCUCGUAGAAGGCGGAAUUAAUUUAACGUAAAUCUCUAAUUCUCUAAUAAUUGAGGAACUUAUUCCCUUGCAUAUUUUUUUAAAUAGAGAGACUUAUAUUAUGGGUAUAGAUCUUGCAAUCUAUACUAAAUCUAAUUGCUUUCAAAGCAAAUGUACAAAGCCUCUAUACAACAACACCUAUUUACCUUAGCUCGUGAUUUACGAUGGGACUGUGAAUCUACACAAUUGAUGAUGGCGACGUCAUAUAUAAAAUAGGCACCUUUACUUUAAGUUCUAACUUAAAAGUAAACGCAGUUUUAACAACAUUUAAAGGCAGCUCAACACUAGUAACUACUCCUAUAAAUUUUUCUGGAUGGUGUCAUAUUGCUUUCUCGAUGGAAUAUGUAGAUGACUCAGCCAAAGCCCGUUUUUAUUUAAAUAGCGAUAUAAAAAACACAAUUUCUACUCAAUAUGCCCUGUUCAGGGAUAACAGCUCACAGACCUUGCUUUUAGGAAAAAGCCAGACGAGCUCUUUCGUAGGGUUUAUAUAUGCUUUUACAUUGUGAAAUCAAGCAACAACAGAUUUCUUUACAAAUAUGCCUUGUAGUGGCAUAACAUUGGAUGCAUCUUGCCUGUGGGCAUGCGAUAUAUUUAUGUAUAAUGAAGGAGGAAACUAUGUGACCUGCAAUAAUUGCUAUAAUGGUUGUGUAAGAGGCAAAAGCUGCAAUAUUUGUAAGGAUCCAUUAUGUAAAAUUUGCACUGGAUUUGGAGAUCAAUGCUCGGAAUGCGUAGAAAAUGCUUCAGGAACGCCAUGUGCUUGCCUUGCAGGGUUUUCUUCCCCAGGUGGGUUUUCAUGCACCUCAGGGUGCGCUAGAGGGUGUUCUAGCUGUUUAUCAACUUCCUAUUCCGACUGCACAUCUUGCCAGCCAGGCUAUAGAAGUUUCCUAUGUUUGGCGCUGUAAGGCCGAUAAAUUCUGAUCGGAAUUUAUCGGUAGGUUGCACCAAAUCAAUGCCUUGGUCGGACCAAAAAGCGAUUUGGUCCGACGAACUUGGAAAGCUCCUGGGAAAAUGUCUGCGCUUUUAGCGCUAUAUAGAGGAAACCUCUAUAUUUUUUAUACCAAAUGAUUUGCUAUAAGUCAUGCCCAGCUGGAACUCUGUCUAAUUCUGUAACAAACAGCUGCGAUCAAGACUCUGUAUUUUCAAUCAGCCUCGAUUUCUAUUCUCUUGCUACCCUUCCAUCUGAAUAUACUGCUGUAGGAGCUGACUAUGUAAAUAAUCGUGGAUGAUAUUUUGAGCCUGCAGAUUAUGUCUCUACAGAAAACAAGCUCAGCUAUUUCUUUGGAGUCUCUUUGUGGAUAUUUUUUACUGGUUUUACCAAUGAAGAUACUAUUUUUUACGUUGGUAGAGAUUAUGGAUUUAGCUAUAAAGGAAGCAGUCAAACUUUAAAUUUUAAGACCUCAUAUUCUUCAUUUGUAAAUAAUCCAGCUACACUAAGUUUGAACUCUUGGCAUUACAUUUAUUUCUCUAUAUUUAGAGAAGAUGUAGGAAAAUUGACUGAAACGGUGAUCAUUGACUCUAGCUCAGUUUUUAUGACUAUUUCAUUUGCAAACACUUAUAUUGAUCCAGACGCAAACUAUGUGAAAUAUAUUGGAUCCUGUCCUGAGUGGGCUGUCAGAAAGGCUUUAGGGUUUAGUGGAUAUAUUUAUUUUUUUCAUGCUUUCCGUGAUGCUCCAAAUCUUAUCUCUCUAUCUGAAUAUAUUACUUCAGGAUGCCCAGCAGGCUGCUCACUCCUUCACAUUAAAGAUGAAAAAAUCAUUGGAAAUUUAACCUCUUUUGAGAUCGACCAAAACAUUUUCUUGGUUAAAAUUAUUUUUAUAAUUGCUAUAGCAAGAAUUCUAGCUUAUUCUCAUUCUAAUAAUAAUUAUCAUAGAUUGAAUUAUUAAAUUUAAACUCUUGAAUUAAAUUAGAUUUUCUUUUUUAAAGCAUUUGAAUUUGUUAAAAUCUGAAUUUUUUUUAUAAAAAAUCUCUGUUCGCUUAAAAGGGGAGUCAGCAUGUCCUCCUUCUUUACUCUGCCUACCAACAAACUGCCAAUAUAAUCAAUAUAUAAACUCUAACUGUGUCAAUUGUCUUAGCAACUGCAUGCAUGGAUGCGCCAAUGGGAAUGACUGCACCUUAUGCUCCUUAACAGGAUGCGAUACUUGCACUGGAACUUCUACUUGUGGGCUGUGCCAUGGAGAUUUCUUAUUUAUCGAUGGCCAAUGCGCAUGCCCCUACACUUUUUCAGUGCUAGAUCCGUUAGUUUUUGCCUGUUAUUGCUCAUCGAAUUUGCAAUUCCAGUCCAUAUGUAUGAAUUUCUGUCCAACUGGAACAAAUGGGAAUCAAGCUGGAAGCUGUGUGCUUGAUAGCCACCAAGGAUUAAUAUUUUCUUUGAAAUUGAAUAAAAUUGAAGGACUCGUGAAAGAUACUGUGAAUAAUUUUAACGUCCUAUCCGGGAGUUCAGAUAGUUUCUACCCUACCUAUGAUAGCUAUGAUCCUAUCCCAGCAUAUAAAAGAGGGUACUACUUUAAUGGCAACUCUUUGAUGCAAUUGCCUCCAAAUAUAAAUGAUAGUUCGUACUCUCUUAAUUUUGCUACCGCCAUUACUUUUUCUAUAUGGAUUUGGCCAACCUCAACUACUUCAAGCACUAAACAAGUUAUUUUUACAAAGCAAAAUUCAUCAAUGGCAGCUUUGAUAGAAGUUAGCAUAUCUCUGCCAAAACUAUAUGUCGUAGUACACUCUUUUCUUUCACAGCAAACAUAUAUUUCAUAUCAUGAAACUAAUACCCAAGGCUGAAAUUAUGCAGCAUUUUCUCUUUCUUAUAGUUUCCCAUACACGCAAGUGACAUUUUACAUUAACAGCCAGUUAGACAUGGCAACUCCAGCUAAAAGUCCCUUACAAGAUUCGAGCAUCGCCUACUCUAUUUUGAUUGGUGCUCAGCAUGCCUCAUCUUCAACAUACUCCGACUUUUUUACCGGAUUUAUUUACAGUAUGAAUAUAUGAAUCGUCCCUACGAACCCUACCUUAAAUGACGUCUUUUAUAACUGCAACCCAGGAUGCACAAUUUGCCCAGUUGGGUAUGCUCCCAAUUGUUUAGCAAAUGAACCUAUUAGCAACUACUAUAACUCCUCAACUUCUUCGUGGUUGCAGUGCUCAAGCUCCUGCUCAUCAAAAGGCUGUGUAAGAAACGAUGAUACCUGCAAUUUGUGUGAUGACCCAUUAUGCGCUUCUUGUAAUGACUGGAGUGGCUGCCUAGCUUGCAUUGACAAUUGCGACCCUGUGCAGCCUCCAUGCACCUGCAAGAGCGGCUUUUGGUUUUAUGUAAGUUUCUGUACCUAUUGCCCUGAAGAUUCUAUACCUGAAGGUUCCACAUGUGUCUGCAAAGAUCUCAAUUCUACCUAUAAUGCUUCUACAAAUCAAUGUGUCUGCAAUGAUCCUUAUGCUUCAUAUAACUUCACCUCAAAUAAGUGCACUUGCAAUAGUGGCUAUCGGCUCUAUAAUGAUUUCUGCACUAUCUGUCCAGAUAAUGCAACACCUCAAAGAUCUUCAUGCAUAUGCAAUAUUGAUAACGCCUCAUAUGAUUCUACCCUGGCUCAAUGUGUUUGCAACAGUGGCUAUCGGCUCUAUAAUGGUUUCUGCACCACUUGUCCUGAAAAUGCUAUACCUAACGGAGCCACAUGCACCUGCAGCAUAUCUAAUGCAUCCUAUGAUUCGUCAUCAAAUAAAUGCGUUUGCAAUGCUAAUUAUUGGCUAGAUAAUGGUCUCUGCAUCAAAUGUCCUGAAAACGCUUCACGUGAAGGAUCUACCUGCAUUUGCAAUAUUGCUAAUGCUAAAUAUGAUUCAACGCUAAAUCAGUGUGUUUGCAAUAAUUAUUACUAUAUGAACCAAGGAACCUGCAUUGCAUGUGUGAACUACUUGGAUACCACCAAUAUUGCUGCGUCAUUUAGAAAUAGUUAUUCAGAAAUUCAGUUUACCUUUAAUAUUCCAGCAGACCGUUCCCCGUACAACUGCAGCUCAUCGUUCGAUUCUUCCACUUUGGCAGGCUUUGGUUUGGACUAUUCAUGCAGCUUUGCAUCAGAUUUUAGUUCUUUAAAAGUUUUAUUGGGACACGAUUACACUUUUAGCACAGAAAAUGCAAUUUUUAAGCCUGGGGCACUAAUAAGCUCAGUUCCAUUGUGUGGGAAAUCGAAGCUGCAACUCUCAAUUCCUGUAGCCUUGCAAGGUGAUGUGCCAACGCCAAAAUUUACAUAUAUAGCUCCGAAGAUUCUUGAGAUAUCAUGUCAGGAUCUCUUAUUAGAUGUGAUUGUUGACAAAGGACUGCCUUAUGAGGUUUAUAAAUGGACACUCUCUUCUAAUCCCCCCAGCUCUGUAAUUUCUUCUUUUUCUACUGAGUAUAGUAACUCUUAUACUGCGCUUAGCAUUAAAAAAGAAAAUUUAACUGAAGGAAUUAUUCAUGCGUCUUUUUCUAUGAAAAAUAAUUUUGGAGGCAUUUCGACUAUAGACAAGGAAAUUAAUGCUACAGCAUCUCCUACUCUUAUAAUAAAUAUUGACCCUUUAUUAGCCAGCUCCUUUGAUAGGCUGAAAUCAUAUACGGUUUCUGUUGGAUCACUUAGUUUAGAUUAUCAUCAUCAUAUCCUUUAUUUCGCUCCAUAAUAUUUCUUGCCAGUCAGAUUCAACAGCCCGAAGGCAUAUGCUGCUUCCUCCAAAUGAGGGUUGCACUCGCAGCUUGAGGCAAAGUGCCGGGUCGCCUUGCCGUACCCAGAGGGGUUGCCCUUUUCGAAAACUCAAAAAGUGAAUUUUCUUGUCAGGUUGUCGGCCCGAAUGAAACUUGUAGCCUAGGGUGCAGGUCCUGGCAUCGCGCUGGGAAAUUACCCAAUUGGCCAAGCGAACUCCGCCUGGCCUUUCUGACUUCCAAAUUCCAUCGUCUCUCUGGCAAAGCCAUACCCCGAAAGAGCCUGCGGUCGGUCAGACCAGCAAUGCGCUCCACCAGACCAAGUAAAAUCUGUGGCCAGAUACUCUCACUGCACACUGCUCUCCCAGAUCACAGUCUUAAGAGGGAGAUUGGCUUCCACGCCAUUCAUAGUGUACUUCUUUUGGGUCAAUAACUUCUUGCAAUAUUUCUGAUAACUUAAACAUCACGUGAAGCAUCUCUGGGGUCAGCAAUAAUGCUUCAAGCAUUGACGAAAGCACAUUUUGGAGCGCUCAGAAGUCUCACUCCCACCUCCGUGAGCGAGCAAAACCAUUAGAAAAUCCCUAUUUUUUGCCCUCAUGAGCGAACAAAAAUUAUUUUAAUAAAAAAAAUUUUUUGAAAAAAAAAAUUUAAUAUAUAAGUGAUAAUUAGUAUAAUGAAAUCUCUAGCUAAUUCUGUUUAAUUUUAAACAAAUUGCGUUUUAAAACAUAAAUUUUAUAAAUUAAAUUAAUAUUUUGAUUUCUAUUUUUGUGAAUUAGGAUUUUUUUAAAAUUCCAAAAAAAAAUUUUCUAUAAAAUUUAUAUGUAAAAAAUAUUUUAAAAAAAAAAAUUAACCCCCCUCAGUGAGCAAAAUUUUUUUGUUCGCUUAAGGAGGCGGGAGUCAGUAUCUGCUGAAUAUUCCUCCAAAAACCCUUCCUGCUUCGUCUACGAUAGAUUUCAAAGUUUUUGCAAAAGAUUUGACUUAUAAUAUUCCUGGAGAAACAAGUUUUUCAAUUGAAACUCAAUCAUCAGACCCUAUUAUCGUUUUUAAUCGAACUGAUGGAGAUUCAGGCGUAAGCCAAAACUUAGUUGUCGAUGCAGGCGAUUCUUAUGAUCCUGACUAUAAUUCGAACUUUUUAUACCAGUGAAGCUGCCAAAUUCAUGGCUCUUCCACUAGUUGUUCAGAUUUUAUUCAUGAUUUUAGCUCUUCUGUUUUAAUAGUUCCAGCAAAUACUUUGACUCUAGGCGCAGUCUACAACUUCACAUUAAAUUUCACAAAAAUAACUACAAACCCUGUCAGCACAGCCAAAAGUUCACAAAAAAGCAUAACCAUCACAGCUAUCAAUAAGACAGUCCCUCCAGUAAAUAUGGUAGAAGUAUCCAGCUCAAUCCCUAACAUCGCAAAUCCUGAUACAACUUACAGAAUUGAAAUCAAAGGGACAUUCUCUUCAGUUGACUGGUCAUUAAAUUCUUCAUCAGAAAUUUCUUAUUCAACUCCUACGAACUCUAAUUAUUUGGUCAUCCCUCCAAAUUCAUUGGCUUCAGGCUUCUCCUAUACUUUGCUUGCUUCUGUUGACAAUGAGUUUUCGUUUACCUGAACAUUUUAUGUAAACAACCCUCCAAAUAAUGGAAAACUUAUGGUUGUCCCCAGCUCAGGCCUAGAAAUGUCAACGAUUUUCACAGUGGCAGCACUAAAUUGGGAAGAUCCAGAAAACAAUUUGCCACUUCAAUACUCUUUCGGCUACUACAUUUCUGAUGCUUAUCAAGCAAUUUCUGCUAAAAAUUUAUCCUCUCUAAUAUUCACAAACUUCCCCUAUUCUCCAGGAAAUAUUACAAUUUCAGUAGACAUCUAUGACUCCUUGGCUUCAAAAACCAACAAAAUUUCCUAUGUCACAAUUAACGAAAAUCCGAAUAUUGACCAAUAUAUCGAUUACCGCAUGAAUUUGCCAGUUUUAAACCCGCAAGCAGUUCCUGGGUUUGCAUCCGAGUUGUCAGCGCUAGUAUUAAAUAGAGAUAAUAUCAUUAAUAACGAAUACUCUGACGUAGAUUCCCAAAUGCAAAGUGCUUAUGAUUCAAUUAUUGACAAAGUCAACCUUUAUGUUGAAGCCAUGGACAAAUAUAACGAAGACUCCUAUACCACUGUUUUUUAUAUGCUUUAUGUUGCCACGUUGAAUCCUAAUAUAAACAGCUAUGAUAAUAUUAAUAAAAUAAGCGACAUUGCUGACUUCAUGAUUAAAAAUAAUGAUAAACUUACAAUUGAUGACGGCCAAAUGCAAGUUUUUGCAGGAAUUUGCGAUAAUAAUUUUCAAUUAGAUAGCAAUGGGGCUAUUAACCAAACAAAUACCGUUAAUACUAUUGAUGAAAAUGUUAGGAAAAUUAGUACUGUUUUAUUGUCUGGAAUGGUUACUGGAGAGUCGAAAACGUUUAUUGAAGAUAAAUUUGCAACAGAAGUAUCUAAAACUACAUCUUCGGAAUUAUCUAAUUAUGCAUCUCAAAUAAAAAAUGCUUCUGUUACGUUAGGCCAUAAUGUUUCGGAUUACUUCAAUGAAAAUGAAGGUAUUGGAGUUAUAAUCACUAUAUAUGAUCCUGCACUGGAUAUCACUGUAAAACCAUCAUUUUCCUUAGUUUCUUACAGACUGAUAAACAACAUAACUUUUCAAGAAGUACACUUAAACAAUACAAGCUAUAACACCAUAAAUAUUCCCGUCCACAACUACGAUGUCCCAGUGACAAAGGAUAAUCCCAUUUAUUGCACCUAUUUAGAAAACAAUGAGACACGUUGACACACCACUGGCUGUGUCCUAGAUUCCUACAACGCUACCAACGUAAUCUGCUCAUGCAACCAUUUAACUAUUUUUUCUUCAUUUUUCUCUGAUGCAUGGUCAACUGCUAGCGGGAGCAAUAUAGGAGAUACCGUCAACGUCGAUGCUUUUAAUGAUAUUGACUGGGCAACUAAUGCAAUUGGCUUAUAUUUUUGUAUUACAGUUCUGUUUAUUUAUGCAGUUCUCAGCGCAAUUGCAUGUAAUAUGGAUCGUCUUGAAAGAAAAAAGAAAGAAAACGCUCCUGAGCUUGAUCCUAAUAAUUCGCAUGACCUCCGGAAAAAUGAUGAUCCAAGGGUUAGAAUGAAACGUAAGAGCACAAUAAUUAAAUUCGAUUUAGAUGAAUCAGAAAUAGGUACGAGAGAUGAAAAAUUGGAAACUGCAAGAAGUGAGGAAUCUCCAACCUGGAUAAAAGAAAGCCAAGAAAUGAGUAUUGACACUACUCUAAAAACAAAAAAUAGUUUUGAUAUGUCAAUAAUCAAGCUCGACACGGCUGAUGUAAUAAAUGUGAAAGAUAUCAAGCAUCAAGUAAAAGAAGAAAAACCUCUCAAAAGAUAUACAAGGGCACUUAUUUUUAUUGCAAAAAAUCAUGAUUUCGUUACCAUUUUUACAAAUAAAGAAAACUUCACUCAUUUUUCGCGUUUGACAUCUUAUAUGAUCACUUUAUUAGGAAAUAUGUAUUUUAUAGGACUAUUUUACCAAUCUAAGCCGAAAGGAAGUGACUAUUCUAUCGGUGAUUUUUCAAGUGCUUUUAAUAAUUACUCUUUUCAAGACUUCUGGAUUUUGGUUUAUUCUUCAAGUAUUAUGCUGCUUGUAGGGAUUUUAUUGAAUUAUUUAUCCAAAUCUACUCCACUGCCUUCAACUGAUGAUACAUUGUAUAAAAGCAUCAAAAAGAAUAACCUUUUUAAGCUUAUUGCGUUUUACUUGAUAUCAUUUGGGCUUCUAUUUUAUUUCUGUUGGUCUAUCAUAUUAUUUUCAAUACAAUUUGAACUGAACGUUACUUAUUUAUGAAUUUGCAAUACCAGCGUGAGCUAUGGGACCAACUUGUUUGUGGUGUCAUUUGCCAAGGUAGCAUUUAAAGCAUUUUUGAUUUGGAUAUUCCCGAUAAUCAUUAUGAUUAUUGGAACAUCAAACACAGAAAACGAAAAUAACAUUAGAUAA